AUGUUUGAUGCAAUGGGUGCUGGUGGAUCAGCAGAUGACAUCAAUGCCAUGGAAAUUCACCACUGGUACACAAAGUUUAUGAAGGAAUGCCCAUCUGGACAGCUUUGCCUGCAUGAAUUUAAACAUGUCCUGGAUCUACAUGGACUUACUCCUGAAGCUAACAGCUAUGUUGAACAAGUAUUUAACACGUUUGACAUGAAUAAGGACGGAUUUAUAGACUUCUUGGAGUUCAUAGCUGCAAUAAAUUUGGUUAUACGAGGGAAAAUUGACCAGAAAUUGAAAUGGUAUUUCAAGCUAUACGAUGCUGAUGGAAAUGGAUGCAUUGACAAAAAGGAACUUUUAAGCAUAUUCAGGGCUAUCCAGGCUAUUAAUGGCUACACCAGCAUGAGUGCUGAAGAGUUCACAAACAUGGUAUUUCAGAAGAUAGAUGUGAACAAUGACGGGGAACUGACCUUGGAAGAGUUUAUCAAUGGUGUGGAAAAAGACGAGGCCCUAAUGGAAUUGAUCACACAAAGUUUUGACCUUUCCAACGUGCUCAAAAUCAUACAGAACGGCAGGAGAAACAGUGUCUGAAGGAUCCAGACAUGGAGGUGGUCUCUGUGUCACCAUUUCAAGGAAGAUAACAUUUGUUAUAUUCAGAGGGCUUGAUGUUGUCAAAGCCUGCUUGGGCAAUACUGAGCAGCCUUCUCCAGGAGUAGCAAUUUUCACUCUUCAUAUAUCUCCUUUUAUUUGCUUUAUUCUUUCCCUUGUUAAUGACUGUGGCAGCCACAGGGGAAAAAAAUAAAAACAACUUUUCCUGUGUAUAAUAGAAAAGAUAUUUGAUGCAGUACAAGUAACUUAUUUGAUCUCUGUGAACAUGUUGUGGUCAAACCCUGGCUAGCUGCUCACUCACUCCGUUCUAGUGGGAUGGGGAAGAGAAUUGGAAGAGCGAAAGUGAGAUAACUUGCGGGCUGAGAUAAAGAAAGUUUAAUCUGGAAAGAAAAUGCAAACAAGCAGAGCAAAGCAAGGAAUUCAUUGAAUUCAGUCACCAUUUGCCACAGGCAGGCAGAUAGAUGUUCAGCCAUCUCCAUGGAAAGCAGGGAUCCAGCAAGCAUAAGGGUGACUUGAGAAGAUCGCUUUGAACAUCCCCUCCCUUCCUUCUUCUCACCUAGCUUUAUAUGCAGAGCAUGAUUUCACACAGUGUGGGAUAUCCCUGUGCUCACCUGGGGCCAGCUGUCCCAGCUGCGUCCCCUCACAACUCCUUGUGCACCCCCAGCCACUCAGUGGUGGGGUGAGAGGCAGAAGAGGACUUGUCGCUGUGCAAGAGCUUCUCAGCAGUAAUGAAAAUAUCUCCAUGUUAUCAAUAUUGUUCUGGUCACUAAUCCAAAGCACAGUCUCAUACCAGCUACUAUGAAGAAAGUUACCACUAUCCAAACUGAAAACAGCACGUUCUCUUCUGUUCAGAUUAAUUAACAAAAUAAUGAAAAAACACAAACUGCAACUUUUCUAGAAGACACAAAGUUACUAUUUUUCUUUUAAUGACGUGUUCUUUAACCUACUAUCUAAAGUGUGGGCACAAGGUUUUAGGUAGGACUGUGUUGUAUCCAGAUGAAUUAGGAACAAAGCCUACUUUGUAUUAACCUAAGAUUUACCCUAAUCAGUACUCAAAAUUGGAUUAAGUUCUCUGGGAAACACUUCAGUUCCCAAGAUCCU